GAUGGGUUCCACAGAGGACCUUGACUAUCCUCAAAUCAUCUUGCAAUACAACAGUGGAUUUUUAGUCUCAAAGGUUAUGUUCACUGCCUGUGAGUUGGGGGUGUUUGAUCUUCUGCUGGAGUCAGGAGAGCCUCUGUCUUCAGAUGCCAUUGCUGCGUGCUUGGGUACCAGCACCACGGGGAUGGAAAGACUGCUGGAUGCCUGUGUGGGAUUGAAGCUCUUGGCAGUAGAGCUGACACAAGAAGGAGCCCUUUACAGAAACACAGAAAUUUCCAACAUUUACCUUACAAAAUCAAGUCCCAAGUCUCAGUAUCAUAUUAUGAUGUAUUACUCCAAUACAGUCUACUUGUGCUGGCACUACCUGGCCGAUGCUGUGAGAGAAGGAAGAAACCAAUAUGAAAGAGCAUUUGGCAUUUCAUCUCAAGACCCUUUUGGAGCAAUGUACAGAUCAGAAGAAGAAAUGAUGAAAUUCAUGGCUGGCCAGAACUCAGUAUGGAGUAUAUGUGGCAGAGACGUUCUUGCUGCAUUUGACCUUUCCCCUUUCACGCAGAUUUAUGACCUGGGAGGAGGUGGAGGAGCUUUGGCCCGGGAGUGUGUUUCUUUGUACCCAAAUUCCAUGGUCACAAUUUAUGACCUGCCAAAAGUCGUGCAAGUGGCCAAAGAGCAAUUUAUUCCCCCUGAGGAGCGUCGGAUUGCUUUCCAUGAAGGAGACUUCUUUAGCGAUUCAAUUCCAGAAGCUGAACUGUAUAUUUUAUCCAAGAUACUGCAUGACUGGGAUGAAGACAAAUGCAGGCAGCUGCUGGCAAAAGUCCACAAAGCUUGCAAACCUGGUGGUGGAGUGCUGCUGGUUGAAUCCCUUCUGAAUGAAGAUAAAAGUGGGCCUUUAGAAACCCAACUGUAUUCGAUGAAUAUGUUGGUCCAGACAGAAGGAAAAGAGCGAACAGCAGCAGAGUACAGCAAGCUCCUCAAGGCAGCUGGCUUCAGAGACAUUCAAGUCAAGAGGACUGGAAAACUCUAUGAUGCUGUUUUAGGAAGGAAAUAA